AUGGAAUUUGUCGUCAACGGACCAAUACCUGAGGAUUUCAUGACGAACACUGAAAAUCGCUUGAAGCCCUUUCGCUUCGACGAGGAAAAGACUGAACUCUUCGUAUUAGAUCAAUUGCUUUUGCCUCAUAAGUUUGAGUACGUUCCAGUGAAGAACACCAGGGAUGCUUUUUCAGUGAUACGCAAAAUGCAGGUACGAGGAGCACCGCUUAUCGCUAUUGUUGGAGCCCUGGGUCUGUUAGUGGAAACUUGCGCUGGCGUAGUUACACGAUUAAGAGUUCUCCGUGCGAUCUUGAAGCUAUUACACGAUGAAGCUGAGGAGAACCGCAGGCUCAUUCGAAACCUUACAACCUCUGAUUCGAAAUUUAUUCUAAUGACGAUUUGUAAUACUGGAUCAUUGGCAACUUCUUCUUGGGGAACAGCUCUUGGUGUCAUCUAUGCCCUACACCAAGAAGACCUUGUUGAAAUGGUUUACGUUCUCGAGACAAGACCCUACAACCAGGGUGUACGACUUACUGCUACCGAAUUUCUGCAUGCCAAAGUACCCUUCAAAGUGAUUACGGACAGUAUGGCAGCGUGGGCAAUGAAAAGUCAUCGAAUCGAUGCUAUUCUCGUUGGAGCCGAUCAAGUUACGCUCAAUGGAGACGUAACCAAUAAAAUUGGUACUUAUAUGCUAGGUCUGCUAGCGAAGUACCACGAUGUCCCGUUCUACGCAGUGGUGCCGGUUACCUCAAUCAAUUUAAUGAGACAAUCCGGCGAUCAGAUCACCAUUGAAGAACGACCAGCGGAGGAAAUGCUAUCCGUCGGUGGCUUUUAUGUUGGAAAUAUGAACACACCUGUGUGGAAUCCAGCAUUCGAUGUAACACCAGCGGAACUGAUUACGAAAAUUAUCACGGAUCGUGGGAAUUUCGCGCCCAAAUGUCUAAAGCUCGCAAACCUCACAUAA